GUAAGGGAUGUUCAAGUACCUGAUCAAGGAUUACCUGCUCCAAAUUGCUGACGUCUAUUUGCUGCAUUUCAGAAACAUACAAAAGAGGUACUGUCAAACCCGGUCUUUCCGUCUGGAACUCCACUCGAACUUAGUUUAUUUGACCCAAGGGAUUGGAGGUUCCCAGAUUAGUUCCCAGCCAACUCAUACAUAUUUAGACGUUAUUGCUGACAUCCAGCUCUUCCACUCGGAUUCUGCCUGCUUCUCAUUCUAUCUAUCUAUCUAUCUAUCUAUCUAUCUAUCUAUCUCUCUCCUUCAACUUUCACGCCGCUGUGCGGAAUUUGCUGACAUUCUCGAACAAUGAUGACUAUGUGAAUACAUCUCGGGUGUUGUAAGACCUGUCUUCAGUCUCCAGCGAACGUCUGACCACAAGCACUCUCAAUACAAAGUCUAUCCCACCGGCUCUUGCAUCUGUGCGAAUUUGGGAACAAGCAAUAUCGCUAUCGUCAGGUUUCCGCCAUUGAAUCAAUUCACCUCCUUGGCUUCAUACAUACAUUUUUUCUAGCCCUUUCUCCGCCAGCCCUACGAUUUCACCUCUUUCCAUGCAUACGGAGAACAUCAAACCUAGUAGCGACCUCAAAGCUUCGAAACUUUUCAGAUCCUUCGAAAGAGCAGCUUCGCAGUCGCGGAUACCCUCGCACACGAGGACGUCCCUUUGCUGGGACGUCCCUUCCCAUCAAUAUGCUUUUACAUUCAGCAGCCGGCAUGCACAACCAUGAGUACUCGCAUUCUAGCCUUCCUGCUCGGCCACGCAGCGAUUUGAUGCCUAGAAGAUCACCUUUGAAUAGGUCACCUUUUUCGAAUCCUGGCCCAGAAUUAUCCACAACUAAUGAAAAUCCAAUACCGGCUUUAUCAACUCGACCCUCGAGAGCAUUAUCUGAAUAUAUACCUCGCAAGUUAGAACAUCAACAGGUGCACACCGUUCGAUUUCAGGAGCCCGAAACGGAUAGAAUGAGCGAAGAUGGCAGAUCGAUUGCGAACUCGGAAGGAAGUCGGACAACAAAUGGAGGUCGGCGGCGCAAGAGAUCAUCAAAAGCUAGCACAACAUACAGCUUGGCACACCCAGCUCCAACUUUGACACACAAGCAACGGUUAUUGAAUAUUCGCCCGAAAUUGCUAAUGCAAUUGCAGUUAUUGUCAGUCGAUAAAAGGCCCAGACCUACACUGGACGUCCUUCCUUCAACGGUUUUUGUCUCCAGAUUGGCUAAGAGGUUUCCUCGAGCGUUUAGAGGAAAAGGUGUAUUGGGUGCAAACGACAUAAUGAUUGUCAGGAGCGAAGACUACGAUACACCGGAACCCUCCAUUGACGAUACAGAUUCUGAUGAAGAGGGAUUUUCGAAUAGAGAUCUUGUUGCAGUUGUUUGCCAAAUGCCCAAGGAUGAAGGGGGCUCUCAAGGAAAAGCCGAAAUAGUUUUAGGUGAUGGUUCUGUGUGGUUCGCAAGCCCACUACCAACAGGUUCUUAUGAAAUGACAAAAUUUGACGAAUCAGGAGCAAAGGUGACCACUAUUCGAUGGGUGAAAAAAGCAUACCAUCACAAUAUCUCCGAUUUGCCUAAUAACGAUGUCAAAUUCAAUUUCAGUAUCAUAGACCCAAAUUCUCGCCGACACGCAAUCUUGGCGACUCUUACUCAAACAAAAUUGGAUAUCCCGGAUUAUUAUACCUCACUAUCUCCUCCGCCUGGAACAGAAACCACAACGACACCGGUGAGUGAGGUAUCCGGUGAACUCGACGAUGAAGAUGGCGGGAUGGACACGAUCAUUGAGCGAAUGCCUCAACUCAUGGAUGAGACAACGAGAACUCUGAUUCAAGUCACGGGAAUAUGGGUUUCUUUACGCCAAGGCUGGUCUCCUUAUUUCAAAUACAACGAUGCUAUGGCUAUCUUCAGCCAAAGUAAACACUCAAGAGACUCUAUGAACGGGAGAACCAGAGCAUCUUCAUUUACGCCAGACCAAAUGCGAGCAAUGCCUGCUACUUCUCUGACUUCUACUCGUUCAAGCACGCCAGAAUCUACAUUUGGGGCUAUUGGUGAAAAAAUUCUCAAUAUUGGUAAAGCGAAUUCCCUUACAGCGUCUUCGUCACAGGAUACGAUUACAUCACCAAGGCGAGCGAGAGCCACAUCCACCGGUGCCGCGUUCAUGCAAAGGGCAGCAAGUCGCAAGAUAAACACAAUUGCCAGCGAUAGUGAAGGAGAAAACAUAGCUCAAAUUCCUGAGAAUAGUCAAAGCCCAAAUUUCAAGGCAAAUAGCGCGAACCGUGUUUCUUGUCCUCCUGGGUUAGGUGCCGUUGCGUCACCGACGCAGACUCCUCAUCGAAGAGUGCAGUCUGCUCACAUGGUUUCAAGCACAGCUACACAGAACACCGACAACAAAAUCAUGGAUGGGCAGAGCGAAGAUGCCCAUAGCAAACCUCUUCCACUGAAACGGAAGAACAGCCGAUGGAGAUCGUUGAUAAACUGUAUUCGCCGUCGACCUUCUUCUCGUUCUCCCCUAUCGUAAUAUUAACAGCAAACACUUUUGUAUCAAUACUUUUGGGCGGCAUUAAUGUUGGCGUUAUUAUCGUAAAAAGCAUUGGGUUCAGGUAUAUAUAUAAAUUUUGGAAUAUGAGGCACAUUGGAUGUGUGUUUGGCUUGGCGUUUGUAGAUAUCACCCCGGCAUAUUCGUUUUUCUUGGGAACACAACAUGAUACUCCGUGUGCUCUUACUUGUAUUUUUCAAACAGAGUAAAGUUCGUAGGCUCUAUCGACGAGGUAGGAAUAUUACAACAAUGAACGGCAUGUUAUUUAUCAUCUCGUGUUUA